CGCCGGAGGCCUGAGGGCGGCGGGGGCGGAGCGCGCGGCGGGCGGCGGGCAUGGGCGCGGCGGGCGGCGUGUAGGGGCCGGGCGGGCUGCGGCCGCCACACGCAGGCGGGCCAGGCCGAGGGCCGCGGCGGCGAUGCAGCGGCGGCGGCGGCCCCUUCCCGCCGCGUCCCCGCCGGCCGACGAGGUGCAGUUCUCGGCCGGCCGUUUGGGCUCGGCCGCGGCCGUUCCGGGGAGCGCCGCGCGCAGCACCGAGGAGGAGGAGGAGCGGCUGGAGCGCGAGCACUUCUGGAAGAUCAUCAACGCUUUCCGCUACUACGGCACCAGUAUGCACGAGCGAGUACACCGAACAGAAAGACAGUUUCGAUCACUUCCCGCUAAUCAACAGAAACUACUGCCUCAGUUCCUUCUUCACUUGGACAAGAUCCGAAAAUGUAUUGAUCAUAACCAAGAAAUGCUGCUGACCAUCGUGAAUGAUUGCGUACAUAUGUUUGAAAAUAAGGAAUAUGGAGAAGACGGCAGUGGGAAGAUCACGCCGGCGUCCACGUUCGACAUGGACAAGUUGAAGUCCACACUGAGACAGUUCGUCAGGGACUGGAGCGAGACGGGGAAGGCCGAGAGAGAGGCCUGCUACCAGCCGAUCAUUACAGAGAUUCUAAAAAGCUUCCCCAAAGAGAGAUGGGAUCCUUCUAAAGUGAACAUUCUGGUACCUGGUGCUGGCCUGGGAAGGCUGGCCUGGGAGAUAGCCAUGCUCGGCUAUGCUUGUCAAGGAAACGAGUGGAGCUUUUUUAUGCUGUUUUCUUCCAACUUUGUACUCAACAGAUGCUCUGAAAUUAACAAAUACAAACUUUACCCCUGGAUCCAUCAGUUCAGCAAUAACCGGAGGUCAGCUGACCAGAUCCGACCCAUCUUCUUCCCUGACGUGGACCCGCAUGGCCUUCCUCCUGGGUCCAACUUUUCCAUGACUGCAGGAGAUUUUCAGGAGAUCUAUUCAGAAUGCAAUACCUGGGACUGCAUUGCUACCUGUUUCUUCAUCGACACAGCUCACAAUGUGAUUGAUUAUAUCGAUACAAUAUGGAAAAUACUCAAGCCAGGUGGAAUUUGGAUAAAUUUAGGACCUCUUUUGUACCACUUUGAAAAUUUGGCAAAUGAGCUUUCCAUAGAAUUGAGCUAUGAGGACAUAAAGAACGUUGUUCUGCAGUAUGGAUUCCAAGUAGAGGUGGAAAAGGAAUCUGUCUUGUCAACAUAUACUGUGAAUGAUCUCUCGAUGAUGAAAUACUACUAUGAGUGUGUACUGUUUGUGGUCCGUAAGCCACAAUAAUGGUCUUCAGUGACAUUGCCCAGUAAAAAGUCUAGUAAGAAAAAUACUGAAAUAAACAGCUGAAAAUCAACUAUCUGUGAUGACAGGACACAACCUCAAA